GUCAUUAUUUAAGACCUCUCUACCUCAUUUGUUGACUACUGAGUUGUAUCAUCGCCUUCUCAAACUCCUCCGGGCCUGACUCUGAAAGAAAUGAAUUUAGAUGGCGACUGCAACAUGUCAGUCAGUUGUGGCAAUGGGAAGCUUAGACAGUGGCUGAUCGAUCAGAUUGACAGCGGGAGCUAUCCAGGACUGGUUUGGGAGAAUGAUGAGAAAACCAUUUUCAGGAUACCAUGGAAACACGCGGGCAAGCAAGACUACAACAGAGAAGAGGAUGCAGCCCUAUUCAAGGCCUGGGCACUGUUCAAAGGGAAAUACAGGGAGGGAGUCGACAAGCCAGACCCCCCAACAUGGAAAACAAGACUUCGCUGUGCCCUUAACAAGAGCAAUGACUUUGAUGAACUGGUGGACAGAAGUCAACUGGAUAUAUCUGAUCCUUACAAAGUGUACAGAAUCAUACCAGAGGGAGCCAAAAGAGGUGCCAAGGUUAACAGCGUGGAGGAGAGCUCAGCGCACGUGAGCCCUCUGAACUACCCCAUACCCCCACCCUACCCACCUCUGCAGCCCACGAUGCCUAGUUACAUGCUCCCUCAUGAACGGAGGGAUUGGAUGGACUACACAACGGUAGAGCAGCCCCAUCACCAGCCUCCCCAUGCUGACCUGCAGUAUGGCCAGUGUCCCUACCCUCCCACCCGACCGCUUCCCUGGCCCUCCUGUGACAACGGUUAUCAGAUUUCUGGAACCUUUUACACAUGCUCCCCCACUGAAACGCACACUUCCGCCUUUACAGUGGACCCCAGUAUGAGAGCGGCCGAGGCCAUGGCCUUCACUGACUACCGACUGCACGUGUCUCUCUUCUACCGGGAGUCUCUGGUGAAAGAAGUGACCACCAACUGUCGGGACGGCUGCCGAAUCUCCUCUGCGCCUUCCUCGUCCUCCUCUUCGGCGUCUUCCUCUCCCUCCUCCCCGGGACUGACGGAGGAGCGCUUCGGCGGCACUCCCGAGCCCGUCAUCUUCCCCUUCCCGUACCCACAGUCGCAGCGGAGGGGAGCCGAGAAGCUGCCCAACGUGCUGGAACGCGGCGUGCACCUGUGGAUGGCGCAGGAUGGCCUGUACGCCAAGCGCCUGUGCCAGGGCCGCGUCUACUGGGAGGGCCCACUGGCACCCUAUGCUGACAAGCCCAACAAACUGGAGAAGGAGCAGAUCUGCAAGCUGUUCGACACACAGCAGUUUCUCACAGAGAUUCAGGGGUAUUUCCACCAUGGACGCAGCAUGCCGAGGUACCAGGUGGUUCUGUGCUUUGGUGAUGAGUAUCCGGACCCUCAGCGCCAAAGGAAGAUGAUCACAGCCCAGGUGGAGCCCAUGUUCGCCAGGCAGCUGAUCUGCUUGACUCAGCAGCCGAGUGGCCACUAUCUCCGGGGCUAUGACCUCCCGAGCCAGGGAGCCUCGCCGGCAGAGGACUACCAGAGGGCUCUGCAGCACUUGCAGGAGUGAUCGCCAGGGGACAAGGCCAGACCAAUGACACACUGACAGACAAAAAGACUCUCAAAGCAAUUUCCGCAUUUCAUUUUUCAGUUGUUUUGCAGAAUGUUUUAAGGAGACAAGGGUUGCAGGAGUCCCUUGUGUGUUUAAUAUUUAUGUUACAGUUUUUUUCUGAUUGCUAAGGCGCUAUUUGGCAACUUAUUGGCUAUUUUUUUUUUUUGAAAACUCUACACACUAACCUAUACAAAACCUUACAUAAAACCAGCAAAACAUUGCAAAUGUCUUGGAAAAGCACACAAUUUUAACAACAAAACUCAACAACAAACAACCAACAUGUAAGCACACAAAACACCAACAACACACUGGUCCUCAUUCCUCUCCUCUUCUAACUUCUGUGUCUUUCUCUCCUACUCCUCCUCCUCUCUCUCUCUCUCUUUCUCUCUCUCUCUUUCUCUCCUCCCCUCUCUCUCUCUCUCUCUCUCCUUUUACUUCUUCACUAACGUCUCCUCCUCCUUCCUCUUAGUCCUCUUAUUCUCUGUCCAAUAUAAUCCCGUACUGUAAUCCAGAUGCUUACGUAUGUCUUAUUUAUAGUGCUCAAGCUCUGGUCAUCUCUGAUCACUUAGUGAAUUUGUUUUCUAAACGUGUGUCUCAGUGUAGGAAGACAAUUGACAAAUUAGUGUAAAAAGUAGACACCAAUGUGUGCAGUUGAGCUAGCAGUGUGUUAUGAAAUUUGCAAAAUGAGUGUAAAACAGCAAGUUAUUUUUUCAGUUACUUCUGCUACAAAAUGGCAAACUAAGUGUAAAGCAGUACACUUGUUGAAUGGAUUGGCUACAAGUGUAAAUAGUUUCAGAAAUUGUGCUUCAAGAAUCACUGUUAGUGUUUAAGCAUUCAGAAAAACUGUAAUAUUUCUGUGUGUGUGUGAGUGUGAGUCUGUGUGUGUGUGUAUGUGUUUGUGUGUGUGUGUGUGUGUGUGUGUGUGUGUAUGUGUAUGUGUGUGUGUGUGUGUGUGUGUGUGUGUGUGUGUGUGUGUGUGUGUGUGUGUAUGUGUGUGCAUGCAGGUGCAUGUGUGUACACAACAGGACUGCUGUUUGUAAAAUGGAUUUUGGGAUGCUAGUUUAUACAAAACGUCUUAUGUGAAAAACAGUGCACUGAGAAUGCUAUGCAAUGACAAAUCUAUGCAGUGUGUGUGUGUGUGUGUGUGUGUGUGUGUGUGUGUGUGUGUGUGCAUGUGUGCAUAUUUGUGUGUGUGUGCAUGUGUAGAACUGAAAUCUAAAAAUGGCAUCUACCAUUUCUAGUUGUCACUGUCACUCUCUCAAUCUUGCUGUUUUCUGUAAAUAUAGUGUAAAUUCUUUGAAACAGUGAGAUCAGUCCUGAUAUUGUAAAGUCUAAGCUGAUGAGGAAGGGUGGCGCUUUGGUGCUUUGCUCCUCAUGUGUACACAGAGAAAGAGAAACUCAAGAGGUCUCAUUCAUGUACUGCCUCAGAAGUGGUGUAGUGAUGUUAUGAGCAGGUGACUACAGAAGGGGACCAGAAGGGAAAAUACCUUCCUCCUGUCUUCUCUGUCCCAUCCUCCAGAGAUCAUUUCAUUUGUUUCAUUUUUGUAUUGUUCUUGAUGGUGGCUUUGUGGAAAAAUAAACAAAAUAUGUAAAAAAGUGA